UCGGUGGGUGGUGCUCCUCGGCGAUUGGUUGGCAGAAUGAGGGCGCUGCGCAAAAACAGAGAAGCGGAGCGCUCGGAGCUCAGAAACUGCCAGCCGAGAUCGCAGGCUUAGGGCUGAGGCAGGAGGAGGAGGGAGGAACUGAAAAGCAGAGAGACAGGUUAGAGGAAAGAAGAGGCUUGGGAAGGAAACAGCAAAAAAGAAACUGCUCCUCACAGUUACUGAGAGGCAAACGACGGUGGAGAUGAGGACAGAAAGAGGCAAGACUAUGACAGCCAAAACAGACAAAUAGAGCGAAAGAGGAAAAAAUGCCAAGAACAUCCAUCCGGAGAAAUGAAGAGAAUGAAAGUUUUAUGCUGCAGAGCCAUUCUAUGCUUUUCCGGCACAAAAUUCCCUCGCUGUUUUUAAGCCCUUUUGCAUUUGCCAGCCGUUGACAGUAAGAGGCAUGUUCAGCGGUGCCAACAGCAUCUCCUCUUCCUUCUCCUCUUCCUCUUCAUCUUCCUCCUCCUCCUUCUCCUUUUCCUCCUCCUUCUUCUCCUCCCAUCAGCGAGAAGACAAACCGAGGACAGUCUUGAAAUACCGAAAUUUCCUCCUUGGGAUUUGCCAGCGCCGCGUUGCGCCAAGACUGUCGGAAUAAAGGACGCUGACUAUUGUAUUAUUAUUUUAUUAAUUGGUCAGUGAGAAGAUUACAGAUGAGGAAAGGGGACGCCUGUCACCCUUCCUGUUCUAAGAUUUAAAAAUGAGGUUGAAUUGGGGGAAACCCUAAAAUGAAGCAAAAGAAAUAAGAUUUGUAAGGACAGAAAGCCACAGGAGCCCCCCCCCCCCCCCCACAGCGCACUUUUAUUUGUAUUUUUUAUUUGAGAUUUUUUUUUUUUCCCGUGGUGGUGGGGGAGGUGAUUGGGUGGCUGACUGGCUGCGGGAAGCUGCUUCCUUUCCGUUUGGAGAUGAUUGUGCUAUUAUUCUUUGCCUUGCUCUGGAUGGUGGAAGGAGUCUUUUCCCAGCUUCACUACACGGUGCAGGAGGAGCAGGAACAUGGCACUUUCGUGGGGAAUAUCGCUGAAGAUCUGGGCUUGGACAUUACAAAACUUUCGGCUCGCGGCUUUCAAACGGCUCCCAACUCUCGGACCCCUUACUUGGACCUCAACCUGGAGACCGGGGUGUUGUACGUGAAUGAGAAGAUUGACCGCGAGCAAAUCUGCAAGCAGAGCCCCUCCUGCGUCCUGCACCUGGAGGUCUUCCUGGAGAACCCCUUGGAGCUGUUCCGGGUGGAGAUCGAGGUGCUGGACAUCAACGACAAUCCCCCCUCCUUCCCGGAGCCGGACCUGACCGUAGAGAUCUCUGAGAGCGCCACGCCGGGCACCCGCUUCCCCUUGGAGAGCGCAUUCGACCCAGACGUGGGUACCAACUCCUUGCGCGACUACGAGAUCACCCCUAACAGCUACUUCUCCCUGGACGUGCAGACCCAGGGGGAUGGCAACCGAUUCGCCGAGCUGGUGCUGGAGAAGCCUCUGGACCGAGAGCAGCAAGCGGUGCACCGCUACGUGCUGACCGCGGUGGACGGGGGAGGAGGGGGAGGCGGAGAAGGAGGAGGAGGCGGCGGCGGGGGAGGGGGCCUGCUCCCCCAGCAGCAGCGCACCGGCACGGCCCUACUCACCAUCCGAGUGCUGGACUCAAACGACAAUGUGCCCGCCUUCGACCAACCCGUCUACACUGUGUCCCUACCAGAGAACUCGCCGCCUGGUACGCUCGUGAUCCAGCUUAACGCCACAGACCCAGAUGAGGGCCAGAAUGGAGAGGUCGUGUACUCCUUCAGUAGCCACAUUUCGCCCCGGGCACGCGAGCUCUUCGGACUCUCCCCUCGCACCGGCCGGUUGGAGGUGAGCGGCGAGCUGGACUACGAAGAGAGCCCGGUGUACCAAGUGUACGUUCAAGCCAAGGACCUGGGCCCCAACGCCGUGCCUGCGCACUGCAAGGUGAUAGUGAGGGUGCUGGAUGCUAACGACAACGCGCCGGAGAUCAGCUUCAGCACCGUGAAGGAGGCGGUGAGCGAGGGCGCGGCGCCCGGCACGGUGGUGGCCUUGUUCAGCGUAACCGACCGCGACUCAGAGGAGAAUGGGCAGGUGCAGUGCGAGCUGCUGGGGGAUGUGCCGUUCCGCCUCAAGUCUUCCUUCAAGAACUACUAUACCAUCGUGACCGAGGCCCCUCUGGACCGAGAGGCGGGGGACUCCUACACCCUGACCGUGGUGGCUCGCGACCGGGGCGAGCCUGCACUCUCCACCAGUAAGUCCAUCCAGGUGCAAGUGUCAGAUGUGAACGACAACGCACCGCGCUUCAGCCAGCCGGUCUACGACGUGUAUGUGACCGAAAACAACGUGCCAGGCGCCUACAUCUACGCGGUGAGCGCCACAGACCGUGAUGAGGGCGCCAACGCCCAGCUAGCCUACUCUAUCCUGGAGUGCCAGAUCCAGGGCAUGAGCGUCUUCACUUACGUGUCCAUCAACUCCGAGAACGGCUACCUGUAUGCCCUGCGCUCCUUCGACUAUGAACAGCUCAAGGACUUCAGCUUCCAAGUGGAAGCGCGGGACGCCGGUAGCCCCCAGGCACUGGCUGGCAACGCCACGGUCAACAUCCUCAUCGUGGAUCAGAACGACAACGCUCCUGCCAUCGUAGCCCCCCUUCCGGGGCGCAACGGGACUCCGGCGCGCGAGGUGCUGCCCCGCUCGGCUGAACCCGGUUACCUGCUGACCCGCGUGGCCGCGGUGGACGCAGAUGACGGCGAGAACGCCCGGCUCACCUACAGCAUUGUGAGGGGUAACGAAAUGAACCUCUUCCGCAUGGAUUGGCGCACCGGGGAGCUCCGUACAGCGCGCCGGGUGCCAGCCAAGCGCGACCCCCAGCGGCCUUACGAACUGGUGAUCGAGGUGCGCGACCACGGGCAACCUCCCCUGUCCUCCACCGCCACCUUGGUGGUGCAGCUGGUGGAUGGCGCUGUAGAGCCCCAGGGCGGGGGAGGGGGCGGGGGCGGGGGGUCAGGAGAGCACCAGCGCCCCAGCCGCUCCGGCGGCGGGGAGACGUCGCUAGACCUCACCCUUAUCCUCAUCAUCGCGCUGGGCUCGGUAUCCUUCAUCUUCCUUCUGGCCAUGAUCGUGCUUGCCGUGCGUUGCCAGAAAGAGAAAAAGCUGAAUAUUUACACGUGUCUGGCCAGCGACUGCUGCCUCUGCUGCUGCUGUGGCAGCGGGGGGUCGACCUGCUGUGGCCGCCAAGCCCGGGCGCGCAAGAAGAAACUCAGCAAGUCGGACAUCAUGCUGGUUCAAAGCUCCAACGUACCCAGUAACCCGGCCCAGGUGCCGGUGGAGGAGUCCGGGAGCUUUGGCUCCCAUCACCACAACCAGAAUUACUGCUACCAGGUCUGCCUGACCCCCGAGUCCGCCAAAACCGACCUGAUGUUCCUUAAGCCCUGCAGCCCAUCGCGGAGUACGGACACUGAGCACAACCCCUGCGGGGCCAUAGUCACCGGUUACACAGACCAGCAGCCCGACAUCAUCUCCAACGGAAGCAUUUUGUCCAACGAGACUAAACACCAGAGAGCAGAGCUCAGCUAUCUAGUUGACAGACCUCGCCGAGUUAACAGUUCUGCAUUCCAGGAAGCCGACAUAGUAAGCUCUAAGGACAGUGGUCAUGGAGACAGUGAACAGGGAGAUAGUGAUCAUGACGCCACCAACCGCGGCCAGUCAGCUGGAAAAAAAUAUGACUUAUCAUCAUUAGAAAUUACAGGUAUGGAUCUCUUCUCCAACUGCACCGAGGAAUGUAAAGCACUUGGCCACUCAGAUCGGUGCUGGAUGCCCUCCUUUGUCCCUUCUGAUGGACGCCAGGCUGCUGAUUAUCGUAGCAAUCUGCAUGUUCCUGGCAUGGACUCUGUUCCAGACACUGAAGUGUUUGAAACUCCAGAAGCCCAGCCCGGGGCGGAGAGGUCCUUCUCCACCUUCGGCAAAGAGAAGGCCCUUCACAGCACCCUGGAGAGGAAGGAGCUGGAUGGACUGCUGUCUAAUACACGAGCGCCUUACAAACCACCAUAUUUGACACGGAAAAGGAUAUGCUAGUCAAUUCUACAGGACUUACCUGAAGCAGCAUGAUUUGCACAAAGUCGACCAACAAAAGCAUCAACUUUUCAACUUCAUUUAUCUUGGCCAUCCAGUUAGUUGUGUGUAACUGAGUAUUAGAUUGCCGGCAGAGUAUCAUGGCCAAUUAUAGGACCUAAUUGCUCUCAGCAGGCCUGAGAAAUGAGUUGAAAUGUGCAGAACUGUAGAAACUUUAGGCAACUGAUUUUGCCUCUCCGAUCAGUGUGUGCCUGUUUACAGCACUAUAUAUCUUUUCUCUCCAAAUGUCACUGAGCCCUUUAGAUGUUUAUAUUCACCACGAGAAGCCAGUCAUAAAGAUAAAGGAAAUUUGUGCAUUAUAAAUGCAAUAUCACUGUUUUAAACUUGACUGUUUUAUAUUAUUUUUGUGUGAUCAAGUGUUCCCCAAACUAUUCCAACUUUACAAGAGAGAUUGUGAUUAUGUUCUUUUCACCUGUGGGUUAUAAAAAAUGUUGUAUUCUGAAGACCCACAAAAUAUCAAAGACAUUCUGUAGUUUAUACACCGUGUUGCAAAGUGUUUACUGUACUAUUUCAAAGCUUCUAAAUAAAUAUAAAAUAUAUAUAUUAUAUUAUAUAAUUUUCCUAAAAUGUGGUACAACUCAGUUGGUUUUUAAAUGGAUUCAUACAAUCCGCAUCAUAUAAUAAAAUAAAAGGUAAUUCAGGGUCCCAAAGAUAAACAUACGAAGGAAAAGAAAAUCAUUAAUAGUUUCCUCCCAGUUUUCAUAUCUUUUUCAGCCCUGUUUUUCCUUGUUUAAAAAAAAAUGAAGCUCCAAGCUACAAAAUUUUGUCAAGAACUCGUACUGAAUUUUCAAUGCCAAAGAUAUAGCUGUCGAUGUUAUCAAAAGAGCACUGAACAUGUACUCUCAAAAUAUCUAACAAUCUAGAUAAUCUCAAUUCUACUUCUAUGGCUUUGAAUUUAGAAUCAUUUAAAGCUUUUAUAAAGAAUCUAUACAUUUACCUGUAUUUGUUGUUAGCAAAAAAAAAAAAAAAAGCACUGGUGUCUGUACAUUUUGUGGUGUAAAAUAUGUAGCUGAAAAUUACUAUUUUAAAUGGAGUCCUCAAUCAUACAACUCACAUAGGAUUUUAUUUUGCAUAGUUUUGCAUAGCUUCAUGACUUCUAAUAACACAUGCUACACAUAUAAAAUCUAUAACUCUAUAUGAAUAUAUAGAGAUACAUAAAUAGUUAAACUGGUAAAGAAUACCUAUAAGAUAUAAAGGAUCUCUAAAUUUAAAACAAAUAAAUUUGGUAUAGAAACGUGGUACAUUACUGUUUCAGCAUUAUCUUAUGUGUGAGAAUUAUAGUUUAAAUGUAGUCAUUAUUUUAUUAAAGAGAAAAUUCUUCAUGAGUCAGCCUUGAAAAGUGAAGUUUUCCUUUUAUGUUUAUGUUAACAAGUUGAUUAUUAAAUUUAGUAAUCUGCAUUUUCCUCUUUUACAUAUAUUCCUUUUAUUAUACUGCUGUUUAUUGCUUGUUAAAGUACGAAUAAGAAAGGGAAAAUCAGAAGAUGUGAGAUAACCCUCUAAGCAAAAACCAGCUUUGUCACAGUUCUUCUCUAAAAAACUCCUUCAACAUUAUAUCUAAAUACUUUCCCAACCCAAAUUGCAGACUGAUUCUGAAAUAUUUUCCUUAAUUUUAACUGAUCACAUGUUCAAUGAUAGUUUGAGCCAGACUGUUAUUAAAGAACAGACUAAACUUGACACAUAACAAAUGUCUUCCACUUAAUUUUGUGUCAUUUGAAUGGGGAUAUUUUCCUAGAUUUAUCAAUAAAAUGCAUAUAAAUAUGCAUAUAUAUUCCUAGGUCAUUGCUGUGCAUAUUUGAGUGAUAUCUUGGUAUCACUUAUUUGUCUUAUCAAAAUAGAUAUUAGUAUGUCACAAUCCCAAUCAAUUUAUGUAACAAAAUAAUCUAUGUAAUGUUCCAGGCUUUGGGGGACCUUUUAAAAAUAUUUGAAGCUAAUCCAUCACAUAUGACACAAAAAGCACACACUUUCACUAGAGGCAGCAGUAAAAUAUUCUCAAAACUUUUGCAUUACUACGUUAAUAUUUUGGAUGAUAGACUAUUUUAGUAAGAAACUAUAUGUUUUUAAAUAAUUUAACUGGACAAAAAGUCUGUUCAUUGUAAUUGCUUUUUAAACAAGAAAAUUAUUUUCUUGUUGAAUCACUCUGCUUUAAUUAAAACAUUUCACUCACAAUUUUACAAAUAUGGGGGGAAGCCCACAUCCAUCAGACUUAUUACAUGCAUUGAAAAUAUGUUAUACUCUAAGAGUUAUACUAAUUUGUCUGACCAAAACUUUAUUUAAUCAUUUAGUCUUUCAUAUCAUUGAAUAUAAUCCCCCUUGAAUCAACUUCUCAUAUCAUAUGUUUGUCUGUUUUUUUAAUAUAUUGUAGUAAACACAUACUAAUUUGCAUUUUAGUUCUUAAAUUUUAUGAUCUUCUAAAACAACAAAUUUUUUGCCUAAUCUGUGAUACAACUAGAAUGAUUUAAACAUGAAAUAUUAAGUGAUUAGUUAUUAAUCUAUUCAUUGCAACCAGCAUAAAUCUGAAGUUACAACACAGUAAGCUUAUGACUUUAUUAAAUUGGCCAAAAUGUUAGCUACCAGUGAGGGGGAUUUUAAGAUGGAAAGAUUCAACCAACCAAUAAUGAAGCUUUCCAAAUGAACAUUUACUAGGUUUGUAUGAAAAGAAAAUUUAGAAUAAGUUUUCUAUUUAAUCUAGCCAUCCUUAUAUCCAAUCUUCCAUAAUUUUAUACAUAUCAAUGCAAAACAAUAUCCAAAUUAUUAGACAAUAUUUCAUCAAUGAAUUAUUUCAGAAAAGAAUAAUCAUGACAUUUACUCCUUGUUAACAUGGUUAGUUUUAGAGUAGUAAAAAGUCGAUAUUUUCCUGUGGAAACAGUGUCUUGAUGUUUCAAAGGUAUGUCAAAUGACAAUUUUUAGAAAUAUUUCAUCCAUAUAUAAAAUUCUAAUUUUUAACUUGUGAACAUAAUUUUGUGAAAUCAUUUUAAAUAAGAUAUUUAAAUAUUGCAUCAGAAUUACUUUACAGAUAUAAGACGUCUGUAUCAUUACAAGCAUAUCAUCUAUCUUAGUAAAUACUAAGGAGAUAUGAAUAUUUAUUUUAUGAAGAUAUUAAAUGCAAUGCCUUUAUCAAACAUUGCAAAUUAAGUGCUACAGUAGAAGGUUUAAAUAUUUUAAUUAUUUUUUCUUAAUAGUGUUAUAAUUUGCUGUCAGAUCUUUUGUAAUAUAGAAACCCUCCUGCAUCUCCAGUAAGAGGAAGAAAGAAAAUCCUUACAGUUUUUGACAUAAACUUCAAUAGCUGUGCAUUAAUUGUACCAUUUAACUUCCAAAAGUUAUUUACUGGAGUAAAGUUCAUCUUUAAUAUAAUUAUUCAGUCAGAAUGUUGCAAGUGUUCAGCAAGAUAAAAUAAUUCAUGUCACUGACUGAUAAUAGUACUGUUAUUUGUCAUUGCAUGUGGGUUUUUUUCCUCCCCUUUACAUUUCUGUGUGUGUUUAAUAUCCAAGGAAUUCAAAAAUACUGAAAACAUUGAUAUACUUGAUAAUUUUUCUGAAAAUCUUAUAUUUUUCAUAUUGCAAUUUCUUAGGUUAUCUUUUUCAACUCAAAUUUUGUAGUGGUAAAGGCUUUGCACUUAACAUCCUUUUUAUGUUCCUUUUCAACAAGGAAAAACAGAAAAUUACAAAAUUCCAUAUUUUUUAUGCCAUGGAGUAGUAAUAUUACUUUAUAUAUUGUUAGCAUUUCAAGGAAUAUCCCUCAAACAAAACAACAAAACCCUAAGACAGUAAUUUGAGAAACUACUGUUAGGUAUUUUUAUUUUCUUCUGAAACUUGGCAUAGGUUUUAGAUUACAGCGUUCUAUGAGAAUGGGUGGUGGUUGUUGUUUGUUGUUUAGUCACUAAGUUGUGUCCAACUCUUUGCGACCCCAGGGACUGUAGCCUGCUAGGCUCCUCUGUCCGUGGGAUUUCCCAGGCAAGAAUACUGGGGUGGGUUGCCGUUUCCUUCUCCAGGGGAUCUUCCUGACCCAGGGACUGAACCUAAGUCGCCUGCAUUUUCAGGCGGGUUCUUUACCACUGAGCUACCAGGGCAGUCUGUGGGUUGCUGGGUGCCGCCAGAGUAUUGCAGGCAAUAAUAUGACUAAAAUUCUAAUACCUUUAGUGUGCAUGCAUGUAUUUCUAACCACUGCUAUUUUUAAGUAUUUGUUAAAUUAGAAAAAUGGCUUUUAUUUCUUGAAAACUUGUCACAUGCUUAAUUUGAAGUUUUACACUCGAGAUGUUUUUGAGUUGCAUGAGAAUAAUGCAUUAAUAAUGCAAAAAAAAUUAAAUUUUCACAUGAGACUCAAAAAUUUCUGAGUGACAGAACUCAGACUUCCAAUACAUUCAUACAUGCUGGAGCUGAAAGUAAGCAGGGAAUUUCAGCUCUAAACACAUUUUUGAGACAUUUAUCUGUGAGUGAAAACAGGGUAUUAUAACAAAAGAUGAGUUUAAAUCUUAACUAUAGUGUUUGUUACUGUGAAUGCUAUAAUAAUACAUAAGUAAAAUGAGUGUAAAUGUAAUAUAUUAUUUUAUACUGCUGUAUACAUAUGAAAUAAAUAAAACUAGGAUACAUAUUA